UGCUCCUCGUCGCUCAUCUGAAGCUGGAGACGAGUGAAGCAACAUGGACGCUCCGCUGCUGCUGCUACUCCUACUGCUGAGAUCCAGCUGUGUGUACACCACCUCUGUCUCCGUCUUCUAUUCAUCCACCCUUAAACCACCGGGACCCUCCAGCACCGUCACUGACCAACGAGUACCAGACACGGUAAAAACCCACCGGACCACCAGACCAGCCAGGUCCUCAGAACUCCACAGUUCAACCAGUGACGGAGCCUCAACGCAUGAGAACGACAUCACCCAACCUCCAUCCAGGAGGUCGGUAACCAUAGACUCCAAUCCUGAUGGUUCUACUUCAGUCACAGAGCUCUCUGCUCCAGCCGGCGGCCAUAUUGUUUCCUGGAGUCCGGCCGCGUUCACAUCAGUCCGAUCAACUGAUGUUUCAGCUACAAAUGUACUUCAGCUCAGAACCGAAGCCAAGACAUCAUCAGAACAUCCAGAAGGUUCGACUGCGUCCUCCUCGUUUAGCACUGAUCCUGAGUCUGAAACGGCAGCUGUGACUCCGGUUUCCUUCACAGCUUCUUCAGAGACAUCCGACCUUCUGAGCACCUCAGAGGUCACUUCCAAGGUCACCUCUGGGGUCACCACCACCUCUGAGGUCACCUCGGAGGACACGGUCACCGCCAACGUCACCUCUGGGGUCACCUCCAACGUCACCUCUGGGGUCACCUCCAAUGUCACCUCUGGGGUCACCUCUAACGUGACCUCUGGGGUCACCUCCAACGUCACCUCUGGGGUCACCUCGGAGGACACGGUCACCUCCAACGUCACCUCUGGGGUCACCUCGGAGGACACGGUCACCUCCAACGUCACCUCUGGGGUCACCUCGGAGGACACGGUCACCGCCAACGUCACCUCUGGGGUCACCUCUGGGGUCACCUCUGGGUUCACCUCCAAUGUCACCUCCAACGUCACCUCCAACGUCACCUCUGGGGUCACCUCGGAGGACACGGUCACCUCCAACGUCACCUCUGGGGUCACCUCGGAGGACACGGUCACCUCCAACGUCACCUCUGGGGUCACCUCGGAGGACACGGUCACCGCCAACGUCACCUCUGGGGUCACCUCUGGGGUCACCUCUGGGUUCACCUCCAAUGUCACCUCCAACGUCACCUCCAACGUCACCUCCAACGUCACCUCGGAGGACACGGUCACCGCCAACGUCACCUCUGGGGUCACCUCCAACGUCACCUCUGGGGUCACCGCCAACGUCACCUCUGGGGUCACCGCCAACGUCACCUCUGGGGUCACCUCCAACGUCACCUCCAACGUCACCUCGGAGGACACGGUCACCGCCAACGUCACCUCUGGGGUCACCUCUGGGGUCACCUCUGGGGUCACCGCCAACGUCACCUCUGGGGUCACCUCUGGGGUCACCUCCAACGUCACCUCCAACGUCACCUCGGAGGACACGGUCACCGCCAACAUCACCUCUGGGGUCACCUCCAACGUCACCUCUGGGGUCACCUCUGGGGUCACCUCCAAUGUCACCUCUGGGGUCACCACCACCUCUGAGGUGACCUCCACGUCUGAGGUCAUGUCAGAGGUCACGUCUGAGGUCACGUCAGAGGUCACGUCUGAGGUCAUAUCAGAGGUCACCUCUGAGGUCACCACCAUGUCAGAGGUGACCUCUGAUGCUACUGUUGGUUUAUCUGCUGUUUGGGACACUGAGUCAAACAAAGACACAACUUUAACAACAUAUUUAAUUACUGACCAGAACAUCUCACCUGUAUCCAACACCACGACACCUCCUCCUACGACCUCUACGUCUAUGAUGGAUACACCUCCUCCUACGACCUCUACAUCUAUGAUGGAGACACCUCCUCCUACGACCUCUACAUCUAUGAUGGAGACACCUCCUCCUGCGACGUCAACGUCUAUAAUGGAGACACCUCCUCCUACGACGUCAACGUCUAUGAUGGAGACACCUCCUCCUACGACCUCUACGUCUAUGAUGGAGACACCUCCUCCUACGACGUCAACGUCUAUGGUGGAGACACCUCCUCCUACGACGUCAACAUCUAUGAUGGAGACACCUCCUCCUACGACGUCAACGUCUAUGAUGGAGACACCUCCUCCUACGACGUCUACAUCUAUGAUGGAGACACCUCCUCCUAAGACGUCUACGUCUAUGAUGGAGACACCUUCUCCUACGACGUCUACAUCUAUGAUGGAGACACCUCCUCCUACGACGGCUACAUCUAUGAUGGAGACACCUCCUCCUAAGACGUCUACAUCUAUGAUGGAAGCACCUCCUCCAUCAACUCGUGAACCCCGGCUGACCGUUUCCCAAACUUCAGCCUCAUUAACGGCGGUCUCCACUGUUCAUCCAAAAGACUCAGAGACUGAAGGUGCACCACCAAUCUCUCCAACAGGGGUGGUGUCUCCAGGAAGGAUCACCACCUCAGCUCCACCCACUACCGCUCCUGAAACUACACCUACGUCCACUACACCACCUUCAACCACGACAACCACCAUCAAAUCCACAUCACCCACCACAACAACCAGUACAUCACCUGUUGCUCCAACUACAACCAGAACGACCACAACUCCUCCUCCUCCAACUACACAUCCUCCUCCUCCUCCUGCAACUACACCUCCUCCUCCUGCAACUACACCUACACCUCCUCCACCUCCUCCUCCGACUACAACUACACCUCAGCCCACGCCUUUAGCAUCAACCACCACUACACCUGCUUCCAGCUGCUUCGUAAACGUCACUGAAGUCAGCUCGAGCUCCCGUUCCGUCGCAGUGACGUUCACCACCACCGGUGUCUCGUGUUCCUUCAACCUGUUCACUGACGGGGACUCAGAGGCCUCUGAUUGUGACCCGGAUGGAGAGUCCAGGACUAGAUUCACCUGUCAGGUCCCGGAUCUGGAUCCCGGGACUUUGUACCGUUUUACGGUGAUGUCAAAGGAGGAUGGAGGGAGGAGCAACGUGUCGGUGCACACAGACCCGGUCGGUCCGGCUCAGGUAGACGUCCAAGUGGACCAGGAUCAGUAUAAAAGCCAGUCUGUGGUCCACAGUGGUUCUUCAGGUCUGCGGGUGUCCUGGUCUCGUUCUGCUGGUCAUGUGGACUGGUAUGAUGUGACUCUGGAGGACUCCAGCUCCGGAACCACCCUCAGGACCAGAAUCAUGGACUCUGCAAUCCCCCAAUCUGGUUUCAGCUCUCUGGUCCCCGGAACUUUGUACACCGUCAGUGUGGUGGCUUCAGCCGGGAACAAGAGCGCUCCACCUGUCCACAGGACAGCAUCUACAGCUCCGUUGUCUGUCCGCGGCCUCCAGGUGGCGUCUUCUUCCACACACAGCCUCCGGGUCUCCUGGCAGGUCGGUCCGGGCCGAACCGAGCGGUUCAGGGUUCUGCUGACGGAUCAGGACCGGGUUCUGCUGAAGAACGUCACUCUGCCAAACACCGAGACCUCCGCUGAGCUGGACGGCCUGCAGCCCGGCACCCUGUACACCGUCACCGUGGUAACAGAGUCAGUCGGUCUGACGAGCUCCGCCUCGAAACAGGCGGUCACAGUCCCAGCACGGGUCUCAGAUCUGAGGUUGGACAACAACGGCAGCUCAGACAGUCUGCAGGCCUCCUGGAUGUCUCCUGAAGGUGGUGUGGACGUCUACCUGGCGACCCUGUCGGCUCUGGGGUCGACCCCCCAAGAGCGCCGUCUGCAGCCCAAUAUCACCCAUGUGGUCUUUGAUGGUCUGACUCCCGGUCGCAGCUACCAGCUGUGUGUCCGGACCACUGCUGUAGGACAGAGCUCAGAGACCAGGACCAGCGCGAGGACAGUCCCUCAGCCGGUGUCGUCUCUCUCCAUGACGUCCUUCGGUGACGGUGGGACACUGAUGCUCAGCUGGUCGCCCCCCAGAGGAGACUGGGAGAAGUACAGCGUCCUGUUGAGGGACGUCUCGGUGGUUCUGGUGAACCAGACGGUCAGUAAACUGAGCAGACAGCACCUCUUCUCCUUACCCGGUCUCGUGCCGGGUCAUCUCUACGGUGCAGACGUCACGGUUCACAGUGGCAUUCUGGGUAACACGGCUCGCUGCCACGGACGUCUGGCCCCUCGUCCGGUGCAGCAACUGCUCGUCCGUCACGCUGAUGAAACCACUCUGAGUGUCUCCUGGCGUCCUCCGGUCGGUGAGUGGGACCUCUUCACGGUGGUCCUCAGACAGGCGGACCCCCCCACCGCCGAGGCUCAGAGGAUCCUCUCCCGGGAGGCCAGAGAGUGCACCUUUACCAGCCUCACCUCAGCACGCCUGUACGCCAUCACCGUGACAACCAGCAGUGGAAACCUGACCAGCUCGGCCUCUGUGACCGCCUGGACCAGUCCGCCUCAGGUCACCGGGCUGCGGGUAUCGAACCGUGGCAGCACGGACAGCCUGGAGACGCACUGGGAUCGGGCCCCCGGGGACCUGGACUCGUACCGCGUCCUCCUGGUCCAGGACAGCAGCGUCAUCAAGAACCAGAGCGUGCAGGCCGACGCCACCGGCAUCACCUUCCAGAGCCUGAGACCCGGAGCUCUGUACCGGGUGGUGCUGACCGGCGUCAGAGCGGGACGGAGCUCCAGACAGACGGUGGCUGAGGGACGAACCGCCCCGGCUGCAGUGGGUGAGGUAACGGUCAGUAACAACGGUCGUAUGGACUUCCUGAGCGUGUCGUGGCGUCCGGCUCCAGGUGAGGUGGACAGUUACCUGGUGACGCUGAGCGACCGCCAGAACACUCUACACACCGUCUCCGUCUCUAAGUCCAGUCCAGAGUGUGUUUUUAACUCUUUGGUGUCCGGACGUCUCUACAACAUCUCCAUCGCCUCCCGCAGCGGAACCCACAGGAACCACACCUUCAUCCAGCAGAGAACACAGCCGUCGCAGGUCCAGAACCCGACAGCAACCCACGCAGCGCGCGACGACUACCUGAAGGUGUAUUGGCGCCAAGCCGCUGGAGACUUCGACUUCUACCAGGUGUUCAUCAAACACAACAACGUGUUCCUGCAGAACAAGACGGUUCUGAAGUCGCAGAACGAGUGUGUGUUUACUGGCCUGGUGCCUGGCAGACUCUACACUGUGCUGGUGAGCACCUGGAGUGGGAAGUACGAAACCAGUGCCUCCACUCACGGCCGGACCUUUCCAGCGGCAGUCCGGUCCCUGGUUCUUGCUGGACGGGGUACCGAGGACCUGCGUGUGACGUGGUCUGCUGCCCCAGGUGACGUGGAUCACUACGAGGUGCAGCUGCUGUUCAACGACAUGAAGGUGUUUCCUCCCAUCACUCUGGGUAGCGGCGUGGGAGAGUGUGUGCUGUCAUCGCUCACACCUGGCCGGCUCUACAAGAUCCUGGUUUCCACCUUCAGCGGCCCCAACCAGAGGGCCCAGUUCAUCGAGGGCCGCACAGUUCCCAGUAAGGUGAAGAACAUCCACAUCAGUAACAGCGGAGACAGCAGCAGUCUGAAGGUGAGCUGGAGUUCGGGUCAGGGUGACGUGGACGGAUACUCUGUGUUUCUGUACAGAGAGGACAGACGGCUGGACGUCCGGCCCGUCCUCAAACACCACAGCGAGGUGACGUUCGGCUCCCUGCAGCCGGGACAGAUGUACAGCGUGACGGUGCAGUCGGUGAGCGGAGAGCUGCUGAACAACAGCACGGCCACGGGACGCACAGUGCCCUCGGCGGUGACGGGGCUCCAGGUGGAGGAGCUCCUCCCCUGCAGUCUUCAGGUGAGCUGGGUGGAGGCUCUGGGGGUUUCUGAUGGAUACGUCCUGCAGCUUCUGGACCAGCGCGGCGGUCUGGUGUCCAGCUCCUCCCAGCCCUCCGGACGGACCCGGUUCAGGUUUGAGGGCCUGACCCCGGGCAAGAGGUACCGGGUCCUGGUCCAGACCACCAGCGGGGGCGUCCACAGCCAGGGAGUCAGCGCCGGGACUCGAACACGUCCUGCAGCCAUCACCGAUCUGUCCAUCAAAGCCAACAGCACCACCCACCUGUCCUUCAGCUGGUCUCCACCUGACGGAGAGUUGGACCUUUAUGAUAUCUUCUUGUAUAAAAGCGACGACUCGCUGCAGGACCGGCGACGCAUCCAGUCCAGCAGUCAGCAGUGCUCCUUCCAGGGCCUGAGACCUGGAGCUCCGUACAGGGUGGUGGUGGUGACGCACAGCGGGGAGCAGACCAGCCAAUCAGCUCUCUGGGCCCGGACAGUCCCAGCAGCCGUGGUGUCUCUGACGGCCCACAGUGGAAACCAGUCUGAGUCUCUGUGGGUGGACUGGGAUCGAGGCAGUGGGGAUCUGAGCGGCUUCCUGUUGAACCUCUACGACCCCGGCGGCUCUCUGAGGGCCACAGAGCAGCUGGGCUCCGACGCCACAGAGUUCGUCUUCUCAGGCCUGGUGCCUGGUCGACUGUACCGAGCCGAGGUGCUGAGCCUCAGCGGAGAGCUGAGCAACGGAGCGAGCACACUGGGGAGGACUGCUCCCAGACCUCCCACCUCCUUCCUGUUCGGGGGGGUCACCAACACCUCCCUGGAGGUCUCCUGGAGCGGCCCACUGGACUCGGACUACGACAACUUCGACCUGCAGUGGACUCCUCUGGACCGGCUGUCCGUCAUCGACCCGUACCACAGCCGCUCCUCCUGCAGCCGCAUCCUGAGAGGGAUGUUCCCCGGACGGCUAUACGCCUUCAGCCUGCGCAGCGUCAGCGGGGCCACGGAGCCCGGGGCCCUGCCCACGGAGCCCGGGGCCCCGCCCACCUUCAGCACCGCCAUCCACAACAGCAUCCGGACCAAGCCCGAGCGAGUCCACAGCCUCCACUGUCGCCCUCAGAGCUCCACCUCCAUCUCCUGCUCCUGGGAGCCGCCGGAGGCCGACUACGACUCCUACAGCAUCGAGUGUCUCCACCAGGACUCCAGGAUGCUGGUCUACUCGCGCCGCACCGGCAGAAACUCCACUUCCUACCUGGUCACCCAGCUGGAGCCCCACAAACAAUACACUGUCUCCGUGAAGGCCAUCUCAGACCGGACCACCGGGGAGGAGGCUCUGGACACCGUGGUCACCAUGAUCGACC